CAGCCUUUGUUUCUUAAGUUAGGAUUUCUGAAAUUAUCCGAUCAUUAGUUACAACCUUGUGGUGGAAAGAUCACAUGAUGUGCAUUUUAAAAAGGUCCAAGAUUGACUUGCUUAAAGCUACUUAGUGACUACCUAAAAUUAGUCAGUCCUGCAGUGGGGUCCGAAUGUGGUGGAAUCCCCGUUUACGGAGUGUUGAUUGCAUUGGAGCCCUCGUAGUCACAAGUUGCCCUCUCCCACUUUCGCCCCACUUGGGGAAUUUCACAUCUUUACCUAUAAUUUGUUCUCCCAUUCCGUCGUCUAACUCUGAACAGCGUCUUACCGCGUUCCAGAUUGGGCUCAUUUACCUUACCCAACGCUCGGGCAGAGAUGGACUAUAGAGCUGUAUUUCUCCAGCGGAAAGCCCUGCGCUUCGUUGUAUCUGCUCUUAUCAUCUUAUCGUUCAUUUCUUUCCUGCUCGUUCCUAGACAUGCUCGAGAAACUACAUUACAUCUAUCGCCCACUCCUGUUGCGGAAGAUGUGGGGGACAAAGAAGUCGUGAUGCCACCCCCGCCUUCAGAUUACGUCGCUAGCCCCCAAGAAGCCCCCCUCUGCGCGAAUCUAUUUGGCAUGGCCUAUCUGGAAAACACGCGUGAUGUAGCAGCCGAAUAUUGUGCUCCGCAAUCCCCUUCGACCUUAACGUGUUUCCACAACCAGGCCUCUGGUUCGCGCGUUGAUACGUUCUGUUUAGCACAGGGUGCUAGUUUCAAUUCUAGUCGCCAAAAGUUCGCUUUGGAUUGUGAACUUCAACAACCGUCAAAGCCGGAUUCCCCGUUCGACAUUCCUCAAUACGGUCGGUUUGAGAACUAUUGGUAUAACACUGGCCCGAACGUAGUUUUCAACAACCUGAUCGAUCUACAGAACGACUCGAGUACUAGCACUGGGACACCACUUGGGAGUGCGAACUUCACAAUACUAGUGAACCGUGAAGGUGCAACGAAUCCCUGGCAUACGCUUAUGGAGAUCUUCUCCAUGACUAUGACAAUCGAUGUUCUCCAGAUGAGUCGUGAUGUCGAUAGUGAAAGACCCCUCUUUACAGCUGCUGAUAUCGACAAUACCCAAGUACUGAUUAUGGACAACCACGAAAAUGGACCGUUUUUUGAUCUGUGGUCGCUUUUUGCAAAGAGACCAGCGCUGCGCCUACAUGAUUUGAACCCGAAUUUAUCAAUUGAACCGCAAAACUUAAUCAUUCCUCUUGCAGGUGGUAGCAAUCCAUUAUGGCAAGGUGAUUGGGAACCACAUUCCUGCAAGGAUUCACCUUUGUUACGUACCUUUUCCAGCCGAGUCUUGGAUUUCUAUGGGCUGAAAGAGCGCGUGCCCGAAGGCCCAGAAAUUGUCGUGACGUUUAUCAAUCGUACUGGCUCACGGAGACUUACGCAUAGCGAAGAGUACCUCCAGGCUGUUGAAGCGGACAUACCCCAUACAAGACUUCAAUCCUUUGAUUUCGCGACGAUGUCCCUCGAGCGGCAGUUAGACAUAGUCCGAGGGACGGACGUUCUUGUUGGAGUACAUGGGGCUGGAUUAACACAUGGUAUCUUCCUGUCACAAGGCUCAUCUAUGGUUGAGAUUCUGCCGGCAGGGUUGAAUCAUAAAGGUUUUCGUAACAUGGCUUCCUUAAUGGGGCAUUCUUACUUCAGCACCCACGCUGCUCGUGCAAGCAAUAAUGACUGGCAUAAUGAAGAUGUCUUUCUGGAAAAUGACAGGUUCAUGGAUAUUAUGAAUAUUGCAAUCAAGGCGGUAUAUAACAAGGGAGGAAAAAAUUUUGAUGCUGUUUAAUGUGGGCCAGGCGUUACGGCUUCUUCAAUCCGAGUGUUUCUAUGUAUGUAUAUUAUCCCAAUCAUGUCAAAUAGACCACGGCUAUUUUUAAGGUGAAUCACCUUAAGUCGGUAUGGCUACGAAGUUUAUCAAGGCUCUACGUCAAGGAAGCCGGCUUUAAGACAGAUGGUGUAGAGUGCGAGUUCCAAGCAUUAUCCUUUCUCUGAUUGCACGAUCUCAAGGAAAGUCCCGAAACCAUUCCACUUCAUUCUUCAAUGUCCAUGUCGACACAAACACCCCCAACUCCCCUGGCCACCAACCUCCAGUAGUGUACUUAAGUCGAUCAGGAUAAUGGAUAGAAAGCCUGAUAUAGGUUAAUAACAUGGGCUUUCUAUGUAUAUAUAUCCUUAUUGUACACCAAAUUCUGUCUGCACGAACAAUAGGAUCAGUUCCCAAUAUCUCUCUUAACUGGAUGAUAACUGUACCCGCCUCUAAGUUGUUACAACUAGCCACUGCCGCAGCGGGCUAAAU